AUGCCCGGCAUCGCCCGCAAAGUCAUCAUAUGCGCUGCCAUUGAUGGCCUCAUAAUCCAGCCCCUCUCAUCCAAAGGGCAGAGGCCCUCUUUGCCCGUCCGGGUACACUUUGGCGACUCGACCGUCUCUGCCGUGCCUUGGGACCAGCUGCCCGACAUUUCAAAGCCCGAGUCGUCCUUCGAGGCGUUCGGUGUAAUAGGCUUAAUAACGGUGUCCAAGCUUAGCUAUCUGGUCACUAUUACUCGGCGGCAGCAGGUGGCGCAGAUCUUUGGGUUUCCAAUCUACGUCGUGACGGACGUGGCUGUAACGCCGUGUCACUCUAGGGCAGACGCCGAGGAGUCCAUCAAACGGACAGCAAUCCAUCUACGCGGCCGUUCCGCCCAGGCAGCAAGCGAUGGCGAGGAGAGCAGCGACGAGGAGGUUGAAAUCCCUAGUGGUACUUCCGACGACAUUGACGACGCAGCUGCCGCCGAGGAAGAGCCACGGCCCCAGUCACAAUCUAAGCGGAGCAGUGUCGCAGAAGACGUGAUGCGCCGGAGAGGAAGCUAUGGCAGGUUUGCACAAAGCUGGUUCAGUCGCAGUGGGUGGACUAUGGAUCAGAGGCGCAUCAUGGGAAUGAGCGUCUCUUCGCCUGACGCCGAUGCGGCGGACAGCACCGACUCGACUGCCUCUUCUAUCGCCAAGGUCCCCAUCAAAGACGGCAUGGCCGAGCCGGUACCAGUCUCAGCAUUGCUCCCAAAGCUACUGCGUACUGUCAAAGUUCUUUUCGGCUCGUCACGAAGCUUUUACUUCUCCUACGACAUUGAUCUCACCCGCAGCCUUGCGCAAGACUCGUUUGUGCCAAAGACAGACGCGCCGCUUUCCUCGCAGGUAGACAGCACCUUUUUCUGGAACCGAAACAUCAUGCAACCUUUCAUGGAGACCGGCCAGGACGCGUUGGCUCUGCCACUCAUGCAAGGCUUCAUCGGGCAGCGAACAUUUGUGGUGGACAGUCAACCACCACAGCAGGAUGACCCCUCGGCGGAGUCACUCGAGAUGAGCAGCCUCUCAGCCUCUGGAUCCUUGCCGAGCUCCCCACCGUCCGGCAAGACCCGAGACUCUCUGGAUCUGAGGCCUUCAGAGAGAAAGUGCCUUAUAACGCUCAUUUCUCGACGCUCGACCAGGCGGGCUGGGCUCCGGUAUUUGCGCCGCGGCGUGGACGAAGCCGGCAACACGGCAAACAUGGUUGAGACAGAACAGAUCCUGUCCUCACCGACCUGGGACGACGCAACGCCCAUACACUCAUUCUUGCAGAUCAGAGGAAGCAUACCCCUCUUCUUUACCCAGUCUGCAUAUUCUUUGAAGCCCGUUCCGGUGCUGCAGCACUCGGCAGAGACGAAUUACAAAGCAUGCAAGCGGCAUUUCGAAAAACUAAUGCGUACAUACGGAGCGCUCCAGAUAGUCAAUCUUGUGGAAAAACAUGGGAUAGAGGAGCCGAUUGGGACUCAAUACCAAACGAACAUAGCGCGCCUCAAUGGGGAGGCAAAGGAUGGCCACUCGAUACCCUUUGAAUGGUUCGACUUUCACCAAGCAUGUCGCGGAAUGAAAUUCGAAAACGUCAACCACCUGCUGCUUAAGCUGAGGAGCAAGCUGGAGGACCUUGGGAGCACCACGAAGCAAGACGGGGCCAUAUCCGAGAAGCAGAAGGGCGUCCUUCGCACGAACUGCAUGGAUUGUCUGGAUCGCACCAACGUGUGCCAAAGUUCGUUCGCGAAGCAUAUGCUUGACUUGCAGUUGAGGGAAGACGGCAUCGAUAUGAGCGCCCAGCUCGACCAGGAAACUGCGUGGUUCAACACCCUUUGGGCCGACAAUGGCGAUGCUGUCUCGAAGCAGUACGCCUCGACUGCGGCGAUGAAAGGUGACUAUACACGGACGAGGAAGAGGGACUACCGAGGAGCUCUGAAUGACCUCGGCCUCUCGCUCGCUCGCUUCUACAACGGCAUGGUCAACGACUACUUCAGUCAAGCUGCCAUUGAUUUCCUCCUAGGAAACGUCACGGCCAAUGUGUUUGACGAAUUCGAAACCGACAUGAUGACCAAGGACCCUGCAGUAUCUAUCUCUAGAAUGAGGCAGCGCGCCAUUGACCUGUGUCAGAAACGGGUGGUCGCCGACGCCAACGAGGAGGUUCACGGCGGGUGGGUGCUCAUCAGCCCCAACGGCCCAGACGUUGUCAAAUCCUGGCCCAUGGAGGACAUUGUGCUGCUCCUCACCGAUGUGGCUCUUUACCUCUGCCGUGUCGAUUGGGACCUGGAAAAGGUGUCUUCCUUCGAGCGAGUCCAUCUUGGCAACGUCGUGCACAUCAAGUUUGGCACGUACAUAACCUCGACCGUCGCGCCAUCUCACAUGGACGAGAUGCGAAACGUAGGCUUCGUAGUCGAGUACCAGCCAGGCAAGAGCAACGUCACGAGAACAAACACGCGCACACUCUCGACGCGCGGGGAGAUUGGGCCAAAGUCGAGCUCGCAGAGCAGCGACGGAUCGACCCGGCAGAACGGAUUCGCCAGCUUCUUUUCCGGCAAGCCAAGGGCGCCUGCUAUUCGGAAGCUGGCGUUCAAGGCGCCCUACCAGGCCUCGUCGGUGCACGAGUCCGAGGCUCGGCCGCAGCAGACGGAGCUUCAGCAGGUGGUGACCAUUUGCGCCGAGAUUGAGCGCCUGGCGCUGGAGCUGCAGCUGCGCAAGGAGGGAGAGGAACCGAAGAGCAUCAUCGAAAAGGGAGACAUCAUUUCGCUGGAGGCGGCCAAGAAGAACACGGGCUUGCUGGAACAGCUGGGCCACUCGAUCAAGAAGCUGGUGUGGGCAUGA